AGAAGUAGUCUCCUUUUAAAGAAAAGUAGAGUUAAUUUCUUCAAGCUUGUAUCAUUAAAAAGAAUUUAAAGCGAGCGAUGGUAAGAAAGAGUGUGAUCCUAGGAUUUUUACUUACUGUUUUAACGACAGUAAUAAAAGCUGAGGAUCCUUACUUAUUUUUUACGUGGAAAGUAACGUAUGGCAGGAUUUCACCCCUCGGAAUUCCUCAGAAAGCUAUUAUGAUCAACGAUAAAUUUCCCGGCCCCAAUCUUAACACAACUACCAACAAUAACAUCGUCAUUAAUGUCAUCAACAAUCUCGACGAGCCUUUCCUCUUCACGUGGAGCGGAAUGCAACAUAGGAAGAAUUCUUGGCAAGACGGCAUGCCGGGAACAACAUGUCCCAUCCCGCCGGGUAAAAACUUUACGUACCAUUUCCAAGCUAAGGACCAGAUCGGUAGUUACUUCUACUACCCAAGUUUAGGUCUUCAACGUGCGGCCGGUGGAUUCGGUGGCCUCCGAAUCAACAGUAGAGCGCUCAUUCCUGUGCCAUAUGCUGAUCCUGAGGAUGACUACACCGUUCUUAUAGGCGAUUGGUACACUAAAACACAUGUAGCUCUAAAGGACAAUCUUGAUAGCGGUCGGUCAAUCGGGCGGCCUGAAGGAGUUUUGAUCAAUGGGAAAGCAGGAAAACCGGAUGGAACCGGUGAACCGAUUUUCACGAUGAAACCUGGAAAAACAUACAAAUAUAGGAUUUGCAAUGUGGGUUUGAAGAUGGCGUUAAAUUUUAGGAUUCAGAACCAUAAGAUAAAGCUUGUGGAGUUAGAAGGAUCUCACACUCUGCAAAACUUAUAUGACUCACUU